AUGUCCUACCCAAAUCACUCCAGUUCCACAUCCUUCAACCUGAUAGGCAUCCCUGGGCUGGAGGAUGCUCAAUUCUGGAUUGCCUUCCCAUUCUGCACCAUGUACUUCAUGGCAGUGCUGGGGAACAUCACACUCCUCCUAGUGAUUAGGCUGGACCCAAGCCUGCACCUGCCCAUGUAUUACUUCCUCUCCAUGCUGGCUGCCAUUGACCUCGUGCUCACCACUUCCACCAUACCCAAGCUCCUGAGCAUCUUCUGGUUCCAAUCCCACGAGAUCAACUUUGAGGGUUGUGUGGCCCAGAUGUUCUUCAUCCACAGCUUCUCUACGGCAGAGUCAGGGGUCCUGGUCACCAUGGCCUUCGACCGAUACUUGGCCAUCUGCAAGCCCCUGCGCUACUCUGCCAUCCUGACUGGCCCCACCAUUGCCAAGCUGGGUUUGGCUGCUGUGGUGCGUGGCUUUGCCAUCGUCACCCCUCUGACAUGCAUGGUGACCAGCCUGUCCUACUGUGGUCCCCGCCUCAUUCACCACUCCUACUGUGAGCACAUGUCAGUGGUGAAGCUGGCCUGUGGGGACACCCGGCUCAACAGCAUCUACGGGAUCAUGGCUGCCACCAUCAUGGUGGCCUCAGACUCCAUCCUCAUCGCUGUCUCCUACAUGCUGAUCCUGAGGGAGGUCAUAGGCCUCUCCUCCAGAAAGGCUCGUCUGAAGUCCUUUGGCACCUGUGGCUCCCACAUCGGUGUCAUCGUGCUCUUCUACACACCUGGGCUCUUCUCAUUCUACACUCAGUGCUGGGGCCAGAACAUCCCCAUGCACAUCCACAUCCUGAUGGCUGACCUCUACCUGCUGGUGCCUCCCAUGCUCAACCCACUCAUCUACGGGAUGAGGACCAAGCCGAUCCGGGAGUGGGUGCUGAGCCUGCUCUGGCAGAAAGAGAUCCAGUCCCAGUCCUGA